ACCGCCCCACCCGGAGCCACGCCCGAGACUUCUUCUCCUCUGCUCCUCCUCCUCCUCCUCCUUCCAAGCGAUCGAGCUCCAGCUCCAGAGUCCAUCAGCCUCGAUCUCCGCCGUAUCUAGGCUUCCGACUGGCCUUGAGUGGAUGGGGUGCGGCUUCUCGACCUCGUCGUCGGGGGCGCUGCGCCCGUGCGCGGGGGUGCGCGUCAUCCACGCCAACGGCUACGUCGAGGACUUCCACGGCCCCGGCGUCGUCACCGUCGCCCACGUCACCGGCUGCAGCGACAAGGACGAGUCGUCCCCACCGCGCUACGUCCUCUGCUCCUCCGCGCACCUCCUGCAGCCCGGGCGCGGCCCCUUCCGCCCCGACGACCCGCUCCAGCCGGGCACCGUCUACUUCCUCCUCCCGCACUCCAUCUUCCAGUCCGAGUCCUCCGCCGUCGACCUCGCCUGCAUCAUGAACCGCCUCACCGCGCUCGCGCGCAAGGGCUGCGCGGCCUCCGCACCCGGCCCCGGCCCCGUCGAGGCGCUCUUUGCCGCCGCCCAGGUCACCGACCACCGGCAGCAGCAGCCGAUGGCGGCCGUGGCGAAGGCAAAGGAGCCCGCCGCGCGGCCGGCGCCGUGGAGGCCGCGGCUGGAUCGGAUCGACGAGUCCAUCGGCCGCGCGUCCAGCCGCAGCACCUGCAGCGAGGCCUGAUCCGCUGGCUUGCUUCUUAGCUUCCUUUUUUUUUGGAAUUUUCGUGUUGGUUUUGUGUUAAUAGCAUGCUAGCAUCAGAUCAAACCGAUGGUGUAAAAAUAGUUCUGGCGAAUUGCUGUACUAGUGCACUCUUCCGUUGGAUUGGAUUUUUUUGAAGGAAAUGUUGGAUUGGAUUCACCUCCUGCUGCUCUGAGUUGCUAGAUUCACUGUAUGUCCUGAGGCUCUGACCCCCUUCUCUAUCUUCUCUAUCGUAACAGGGCAGCAAGUGUGCUUGCUUCCAAGUCGUCUGCCUUCGGAUCAGUUUUGCGUGGAUUUCACUGAACACA